UGUCGUAAUGUCGUAUUUUCCUCUACUCACUAGACUUCGAGCGUGAAGAAGACGAAGAUUUUAUGUACAAUUGUACACCUUCCUCCUAAAAACUAAAAACCGAAAGAACAAAACACGUACGUAACACUCUAAAACUUCCCCCUUUAUAUUCAUUUCUUCAACUUAAGACAUUGUCUUCUUCAAACUGUUUUAUUAUUCAUUUCCCCAAAUAACCAUUUUUCUGGGUCAAAACAUUCUCAAAACUUCCAUCUUCAAAUUCUCCAGAAUCUUCCGAUAACUUUACACUAGGAGAGAGAGAAGCAAGAAAUGUCUCCAAUGGCGGCCAUCUCUUCAGUGGCGAAACAAGCGGAGCAACUUCGACAAGACGGAAAUAACUGCUUCAAGAAAUCAAGGUUUGGAGCUGCCAUUGAUGCUUAUACUGAGGCAAUUACGUUGUGCCCUAAUAUUCCGGUUUAUUGGACGAAUCGUGCUCUUUGUCAUAUGAAGAAGAAUAAUUGGGAUAGAGUUAUGGAAGAUUGUCGAAGAGCAGUACAACUUGACAAUAGUUCGGUUAAGGCACAUUAUAUGUUGGGUCUUGCAUUGAUACGGAAACAAGACUAUAGUGACGGAGUUAAAGAACUGGAAAAGGCAUUAGAUCUAGGAAGAGGUGCAAAUCCAAAAGGUUAUAUGGUAGAGGAGAUCUGGCAAGAGCUUGCCAAAGCAAGAUAUCUAUUGUGGGAACAGGAAUCUAGCCAGCGUUCGUGGGAAUUGCAGACCUUAAAAGAAGCAUGUCAAGAGGCUCUUAAGGAGCAGCAUAUAAUGGAUUCUUCCAAGACUGAAGGAUUUAUUAGUGAAGCAGAUGCUGGCCUUAUGAAGCAGUUAGAUGCAUUGGAUAAUGUUUUUAGGAAAGCUGGAGAACAUGACAUACCUUCUGAGGUGCCUGACUAUUUAUGCUGCAGAAUCACACUUGACAUAUUCCGCGAUCCUGUCAUUACACCAAGUGGGGUCACAUAUGAGAGAGCCAUUAUCCUUGAGCAUCUUGAGAAGAUGGGUAAGUUUGACCCAAUCACUCGUGAACCACUUGAUCAAUCCCAAUUGAUUUCAAAUUUGGCCAUAAAAGAAGCAGUUCAGGCAUAUCUGGAGGAUCACGGGUGGGCUUAUAAGACAGACUAGCAGUGGUAUGCUAAACUUCUUGGUUUCAAUGGUGCGUGGAUUUGGUCGUAACUCAAAGUAAAGCUCAAGUACAUCCUUCCUGUGGAACCUGUGAUCUUCCCAUCUGGUCCUAUUACUAAUCACAUCUUGUGCAAUUCUUUACAUUAUAGAGUAUUACUGUCAUUCAACCGUUUGAGAGGUAAUAUUUAUCUUUUAAAUUGUACAGUUACUAUGAGACAUAGUUGAGGACUAGGGGUUGUAAAGCUUGUAGUCUUGUACAGUUAGUGAAACUUUGUGGUCCGAGGCAGAAAAAAUGAAAAAAUUUCCCUUGGGUUGAUUUGUCCUUGAUUGA